AUGGCAGAACAGACGAACGGCACCGCCAAUGGCGACGUGCCCAAGAACAAGCUCCUGGACACUGUCGCAAGAACGCCAGGACGACAGCCUUCACCGCAACCCACUCAUCUGAGCGUUCCUGGAGCGAUACCUCAACGUCCGCAUGUGCUUCACGAGAAGGGCUCCGGCUAUGUCGCGCCCAAGUUCGAAGGCAAGGUGCAGCAGAUGGAGGAGGUCAUGGAUGCUGUAGAAGAGAAGGGCUUCAUUCCGGGUGAUCUGGUCGAGCCCGAGACCAAGUGGUUUUACAACGAGCUCGGCAUUGACGACAUGUACUUCAGUACAGAGGCCGUGGACGCCAUUGUCAGCCAUAUCCACUCGCUGUAUGCUGCCAAGGUUGCGGCGUAUGCGAGGGACGACAAGAAGCUCGAUAUCAGACUCGACAAAGAGGCCACCGACCAUGCGGUGUACAUUGACACCAGUGUACCUGGCAUCAGUGUGCACAAUGGCUCUGGUUUCGAGCAGAGGCUUGAGCAGAAGUACCUGGACGGUAGCAGAGGCCUCAGCAGCUACCGCGUGGAGUCCUUCAGAUCACCUAGCAAGAUCCCAGGCGGUGACGACCAGUCGCUUCGAUGCUACUUCGUCUACCAGUCCUCCUUCAAGAACAAGAGCCCUCGGCCAGACGAGACAAAGGUAGAAGAGCUGGGAGAUGAGCGAUUUCUACAAAAGACGACCAGCAACACUCGCGAAAUCUAUCAGAGCGUGAUGGAUGCGGUCGUGCAACGAACAGGUCCAGUGAUUGACAUGUACGAUGUCGAAGGCUCUCGCGAGAAGAGACUGGUCGUUGGGUUCAAGCAAGGCUCUGCUCUGGGCUUGUUCGCAGCGCUGAGUGACUUGUACCACUACUACGGACUGACCUCGUCGAGGAAGUACGUCGAGCAGUUCAGCAACAGCAUCACGAUCAUGUCGAUCUACCUUCGACCCUCGCCGAACGUCGCGAACAAGCACCCACCGAUCGAGGCCAGCAUUCACCAGGUCAUGAAGGAGAUCUCGCUGCUUUACUGUAUCCCACAGAACAAGUUCCAGCCACAUUUCACCAGUGGCAGACUCUCGCUACAAGAGUCGAUCUACGCUCACUGCGUCUGGGUCUUUGUCCAGCACUUCCUGAACAGACUUGGAAACGAGUACAACACGCUUCGAUCUGUGCUGGAUACGAGCAAUAGCGUACAUGCUGAGCUUCUCACCAAGCUCAAGAAGAGGCUGCGUACAGAGACGUUCACGGCCGACUACAUUCUCGAGAUCAUCAACCAAUACCCAGACCUCAUUCGAUCAUUGUAUUUGGCGUUCGCAAGCACCCACUACGUUCAGACCCGCGGUGAGCAGGACGACUUCUUGCCCACACUCUCGUACCUGCGAAUGAAGGUCGACCGAGUGCUUAGCGACGAUGAGCUGAAGGACAUGAUCUCGAAGACCGCCAUCAACGAGCACCACGAAAUGGUCAUGACGGCCUUCCGCGUGUUCAACAGUGCAGUCCUCAAGACCAACUUCUACACCCCGACCAAGGUCGCCCUCAGCUUCCGCAUGAACCCAUCUUUCCUGCCGCCAGAGGAAUAUCCACAGCCUCUGUAUGGCAUGUUCCUGGUCAUCAGCUCGGAGUUCAGAGGAUUCCAUCUUCGUUUCCGAGACAUCGCGCGUGGUGGCAUUCGCAUUGUGAAGUCUAGGAGCAAGGAGGCGUAUGCCAUCAACGCACGAUCUCUGUUCGACGAGAACUACAACCUGGCGAACACUCAACAACGCAAGAACAAGGACAUCCCUGAGGGUGGUAGCAAGGGUGUUGUUUUGCUCGACAUUCAGCAUCAGGACAAAGUAGCGGUGGCCUUUGAGAAGUACAUCGACAGUAUCAUGGACCUGCUUCUUCCACCUACCAGCCCUGGUAUCAAGGACCCCAUUGUCGACCUCCACGGCAAGGAAGAGAUCAUCUUCAUGGGUCCUGAUGAGAACACUGCAGACCUCGUCAACUGGGCAACAGAACACGCAAAAGUUCGAGGGGCACCCUGGUGGAAGUCGUUCUUCACUGGCAAGUCGCCCAAGUUGGGAGGUAUCCCUCACGAUUCGUACGGUAUGACGACGCUGUCCGUUCGCGAAUACGUCAAAGGCAUCUACAGGAAGCUCAACUUGGACGAGACUCAAGUGCGCAAGUUGCAGACUGGUGGCCCAGACGGAGAUCUCGGCUCAAACGAGAUUCUGCUCGGCAACGAGAAGUACGUCUCGAUUGUCGAUGGCUCUGGUGUGCUUGUCGACCCCAACGGUCUUGAUCGUUCGGAGCUGUUGCGCUUGGCCAAGGAGCGUAAGAUGAUCGUCAACUUCGACAUCUCCAAAUUGUCAAAGGAUGGCUACCGUGUGCUUGUCGAGGAAAACAACGUCAAACUGCCAUCCGGAGAGACCAUCAACAACGGCACAACCUUCCGCAACACCUUCCAUCUCCGCGAUGCUGAGAAUUACGACGUCUUCGUGCCUUGUGGUGGCCGCCCCGAGUCGAUCGACUUCACCAGCGCAGGCAAGCUUAUUUCCAAGGGCAAGCCAACCAUCCCCUAUAUCGUCGAAGGUGCCAACCUCUUCAUCACUCAAGAGGCUAAGUUGCGUCUCGAGAAGGUCGGCUGCAUUGUCUUCAAGGAUGCUUCGGCAAACAAGGGAGGUGUCACCAGCUCGUCUCUGGAAGUACUCGCAUCGCUGUCGUUCGAUGACCAGAGCUUCAUCGAGAACAUGUGUGUUGGUGCGGAUGGCAGCGUGCCCCAAUUCUACCAGGACUACGUGCGUCAAGUGCAGAAGGUCAUCCAAGAAAACGCACGUCUGGAGUUCGAGGCUAUCUGGCGCGAGCACGAACAGACUGGUGUGGCGAGGAGUAUUCUGAGUGAUCAGCUCAGCACUGCCAUCACGAAGAUGGACGAGGAACUGCAGGGAACGGAGCUGUGGGAUAACAUCCCUCUGCGGAGGAGUGUUCUCAACGACGCACUACCGAACCUGCUCUUGCAGAAGAUCGGUCUGGAGAAGAUCCUCGAGCGGGUCCCAGAGAACUACCUCCGCGCCAUCUUCGGCAGCUUCCUCGCCAGCCGCUUCAUCUACACCAUGGGCAUCUCGGCCUCGCCCGUCAGCUUCUUCGCCUUCAUGAACGAACGCAUGGCACAUCUGGUCAACGGCGUGCACUAG